CCCAGCUUGACUGAGAUUCCAAGACAAAAACCUGUUUGUUGUUCACGUCUUGUUUUGCAAUUGCGGGGAACUUUGUUUUCGCAUUCACUUUUGUACUCCUCGCUUCCAGAGCCCGGAACCCCUACAGACAAGCCGGUCCUCUUCCAUUAGCAUAGCGCAUACGUCACCGUCCGCCCGCCAGCAUGUCAACCGCUGUCGUCGACGCCGACUCGCUGGACCCCACGCUCCAGUCGAUCCUGGACCAGCGGUCGCUGCGCUGGAUCUUCGUUGGAGGCAAGGGCGGUGUGGGAAAGACGACGACGUCGUGCUCGCUCGCUAUCCAGCUGGCCAAGGUCCGCCGCUCUGUCCUGCUCAUCUCCACCGACCCCGCGCACAACCUCAGCGAUGCCUUCAACCAGAAGUUCGGCAAGGAGGCGCGCCUCAUCGACGGCUUCGACAACCUGAGCGCCAUGGAGAUCGACCCCAACGGCAGCAUCCAGGAUCUCAUGGCAGGCCAGGGCGGCGAGAAUGGUGGGCAGGAUCUGAACGACAUGACCGGUGGAAUGGGCGGCAUGAUGCAAGAUCUGGCUUUCGCUAUCCCUGGUAUUGACGAAGCCAUGUCCUUUGCCGAGGUCCUGAAGCAAGUCAAGUCCCUGUCCUACGAGACCAUCAUCUUCGACACGGCGCCCACGGGCCACACGCUCCGCUUCCUGCAAUUCCCCUCGGUGCUCGAGAAGGCGCUGGCCAAGAUCAGCCAGCUGUCGACGCAGUACGGACCCCUGCUCAACGGCUUCCUGGGGUCCAACGGCUCGCUGCCCAACGGGCAGAACCUCAACGAGAUGAUGGAGAAGCUCGAGACGCUGCGGGAGACCAUCAGCGAGGUGAACACGCAGUUCAAGGACGAGAACCUCACCACCUUCGUCUGCGUCUGCAUUGCCGAGUUCCUGAGCCUCUACGAGACCGAGCGCAUGAUCCAGGAGCUGUCCAGCUACGGCAUCGACACCCACACCAUCGUCGUCAACCAGCUGCUGUUCCCCAAGCAGGGGAGCGGCUGCGACCAGUGCAACGCCCGGAGGAAGAUGCAGAAGAAGUACCUCGACCAGAUCGAGGAGCUGUACGACGAGUUCAAUGUCGUGCGGAUGCCGCUACUGGUCGAGGAGGUCAGAGGAAAGGAGAAGUUGGAGAAGUUCAGUGAUAUGCUUGUGCAACCGUACGUGCCGCCACAAUAAACCAUGCUCACGCGUGUUAGGAACCGGGGAGUUGUGGAAUGGCUAGGGGUGCAUGGGGGUAAGCGUUGGCGUUGGUACACUGUCAUCAUAUAUAUCACGUCUAGCAGGGUCAGGCAAAAGGCUUACUAUUACUGAAUGCCGAUGAAUGAAGCCCUAUGCAUUUUCGCAUGCAUCACAUGAUGAAUAUACAAAUCAAGUAAAAUUCACAGUAAAACUCGACAUUCAAAAUU